GGAAAUGUAGUCGGAAGGUUUCUCUCCUUCAACUUUGACCACAUUCACAUUGGAAGGUACGUAGUAGGUAUGAAGAAAACCAUGAGGACUUAAACAACAAGAGAGAGUCCAUUGUCCAUACCAUACUGCACAUUCCAUUUCUCUGAGAGGCUCUUUUCUUUAGUUUACCUGGCUAUAAUUGUCCUAUGGCCAAUCAACUUGUCGCUUCUUCUUCCUUGCCUCCUUCAUGGAGAUAUGAUGUGUUUUUGAGUUUUAGGGGAGAGGAUACACGCACCAGUUUUACAGAUCAUUUAUACAAAGCUUUGGUUGAUAAGGGAAUCAACACCUUCAUUGAUCGUCAACUUACAAGAGGAGAAGAAAUAUCACUAGCACUCCUCCAAGCAAUUGAAGAGUCAAGAAUUUCUCUUGUCAUAUUCUCUAAAACCUAUGCAUCUUCAAGGUGGUGCUUGGACGAGCUCGUCAAGAUUCUUCAAUGUAGAGAAUCAAAGCAACAAAUAGUUUUGCCAGUCUUUUACAAGAUUGAACCGUCUCAUGUACGAAAUCAAACGAGUAGUUUCGGUGACGCGUUUACAAAACUUGAGGGCAAAUCCAAGGGCAACAAGGAGAAGGUGCUCAUGUGGAGGAAAGCUCUUAGAGAAGUAGCAAAUUUGUCAGGACAUCCUGUCAAGGAGGAAGACUAUGAAGCUACAAUAAUCAGCAACAUUGUUAAGGAGAUCUUCGUCCGAGUACUUGAUGGCACAUAUUUGAAUGUGGCCAAACACCCAGUUGGAAUACAAUCUUGCGUACAAGGGGUGAAAAAGCUUUUAGGUGUUGAUGGAAAUAGUCGUCGUGUGGUUGGGAUUUGGGGGACAUCCGGAAUAGGCAAGACAACAAUUGCAAAAGCUGUUUAUAAUGCAAUUGCGCACAAGUUUGAAGGUAGUUGUUUCCUGGCAGAUAUUCGAGAAACAUCAAUGCAACACGGAGGCCUAGUCCGACUACAAAACACUAUUCUAAGUGAGCUUAAUCAUGGUUCAAAGUGGAAAGUUGUCAAUACUCAUCGAGGAAACAGCCUUAUAGAGAAUUUGUUGAGGCGAAAGAAGAUUCUCUUAAUUCUUGAUGAUGUGGAUGAAUUGGAGCAAUUAAACAACUUGGCUGAAGUCAAUUGGUUCGGCGAGGGUAGCAGAGUGAUCAUAACCACAAAAGAUAAAGGAUUGCUGGAAUCUUAUGGAGUCGAGUUGAUCUACGAGGUCCAAAAGCUAAAGGACGAAAAAGCUCUUGAGCUUUUAAGUUUGAAUGCUUUCGGAAGUAAUGAACCUCCAGACAAUUAUUUCGAACUCACACAACGUGCAAUAGCCUAUGCUCAAGGCCUUCCGUUAGCUCUUAAUCUUAUAGGUUCUCAUUUGCGUAAGAAAAGUAUAGAUCGUUGGCAAGCUAUAUUGGAUAGUUAUGAUUCUUAUGAAGGAGAACCUUAUAGAGAUAUUCAAAGAGUACUUCGGAAAAGUUAUGAUGCCUGGGAUGAUGUCGUGCAACAAGUUUUCCUAGACAUUGCAUGCUUCUUCAAGGGUAAAGAUAAAGACCAUGUGUUACAAAUAUUAAAAAGUUCGAAGCUCAAUCUACCUCAAGAUUGUAUUGAAGUACUUGCUGAGAAUGCCAUCAUAACUAUUGAAUAUAAUAGGAUUUUGAUGCAUGACUUGUUAGAAAAAAUGGGUAAGCGUAUAGUUCGUGAAGAAUCACCCAUUGAACCAGGAAAACGUAGCAGGUUGUGGUUUCAUGAAGAUGUCUAUCAUGUUCUAACUGAAAACAAAGGUACAAAGAAAAUUAGAGGCAUUGUGGUGGAGCUGCCCAAACCUGGUGUGAUACCCUUGAAUGCAAAAAGCUUCUUGCAGAUGGUAAAUCUUGAAAUUUUUAUAAACCGUAAUGCAUGCUUUUCUGGACGUGUUGAUUAACUACCCAACGAUUUGAGGUGGAUUGAAUUAGGUGGACGUGACCAUCAGGUUAAGUUCAAUUUGCAAUCCAAUUAUCAUC